AUGAAAUUGUUGUUUGUUGUUUUUACCGUUGCCGUAUUGGCCAUGACGAUGGAAACAAACGGAGAAGGUAUAACUUUGCCGAAAGAAAUCGUCGAAUUAUUAAGAAAUUUAAGUAAAGUUUGCGAAGACGAAACCGGAGUUUCCGAAGAAACGGUGCAAGAAAUAAGAAGAGCGAAAUUAAGCGAAGAUCCAAAAGCUAAAUGUUAUCUUAAAUGCAUAAUGAGACAAUUACAAACGAUGAGAGAAGAUGGAAGUUUAGAUUUAGAUCUUAUUGAAGCAACGAUGCCGGAUGAAAUUAAAAAACAUGGCGGAUUAGAAACCGUACAUAAAUGUAAACACAUUAAAGAAGAUGAUUUAUGUGAAACUGCAUAUAAAAUAAUGGUUUGCUUUCAAAAAGAAAAUCCCGAAUUGACUGCUUUGUUCGAAUGA